AUGAAUUUCCAGCAUGGUUUCCCAUACAGAAUCGUCUUCGAUGUAGAGACCAACGAAGAAAGCUUAAAUGGGGGGUAUCCACUCGUAUUUCUGGUAGACGAUAUCGACGCCAUUUUACACAGUUGGGACAAACCAGCUCCCCAACUGUUUACGACUAUAUCGGUAAUGUCCAUCAUGAGCCUCCGCGAGAACUGCUUCGAUCAGACAACAGAAGUCGCUUUAUCUGCAAUAUGUGCGGCUUCUGUACUUCAGGAGCUUUUCCCGAACUUCCAACCAUCAGACCUUGGAAUAGAAUUCCCAUCACUCUUCAACGAAUUAUGGGAUAUCUACUCAAACUUCGGAAAAAAUAUUAUUCCAGAUACAAUCAGCAUUUUCCAAAAACCAGAUUAUGUUCUUCCUGAAAUACCAGAGGAUAUGUGGAUUUGCUUCGUUAGACAACUCUGCGAUGUUGCUAAGACAGAUUUCACCAAAUUACUCGAUCGUGUAAAGCCGAUUCCGCUUAAUAUUACCAUUUCACUUCAAGGUUAUAAGCAGUACACUGGAAGUGGCAACUAUGCCGCUACUCAAAAUUCUGAAUAA